AUGGCCCUCUCCCUCGCCAAAAGCCAGGCCUGCCCGGACAAGAAGUUCAUUUCACGGGAGGAGGAGCCCGAGGAGUACUGGUCCAGCAAGAACGAGAAGGAGGGCCUCGCCGUGUUCACGGACCCCCUGGCCAUCAUCGGCGUCAUCGCCAUCCUCUUCCCCUUCAUCUUCGUGCUCAUCGCCAUCGCCACUGGCGCCAUCGACACCAGCGUUUACAAGUAG